UGUGUCAUUAGCAGUGUCUUAUUCUCUUGCUCCUGCAAUCGCGGCUAUGCAUCCUCGGUUGCGCAUCCUCGCGGUUCGCCAACAGCGUUUGCGCGACAUCGAUCCGCGAUAUUUCGCGGUCUCGCCCCUCGGUAAACGUCACCCCGUGCCAGUUCACGGCGGAUGUUCCUCGGAGGAUCCGCCGUUUGCACUUAUAAUAUGGAACUUUGUUCUACUAUUCUCGAUCGACGACGAGAUCGAGGAAUUCCUGAGAUAAGAAAGCGAUGCGCAGCCUUGCUCGCAGGCUACUAGUAUGGCCGGCAUUUAUGCUAUCCCUCCUGGUGGUCGGUCGUUUGCUGUUCGGCCGCGAUUUUCGAUUGCCGACGACGACAAUCGUUUUUCACGAGGACGAUGGCAUCUCGAUACCAAGCGGAAGCCGUACGAAUUUGCAGCAAGAUUCCGGUCCGUCGGGGCCGCCCGCUUAUGCGGCAGGCAUGUAUAUGGCGGGUCGGCGACCCCGCAACGGAAGUGCCUGCAGAUGGUACUAUGGUCUGCCGGAUGUUCUUUCUUAUGCACCGUCCAGGCUCACUUGGAGCCCCGAAAUCGGCGAAAAAAGUCCUUAUAGGAUCCUACCGUUUGUGUUGCGCAGUGCCACCGAAGCGACAGAUGGGUUGCCCCAGAUCACGCUGUCCACGCACGCCACCGCCGAUCAGGUUUACGGGAUCGUGGAGUUGGCCAGACGAUGGGAGGGACCGCUCAGCCUGGCAGUAUUUGCGCCAGGUCUCGACGCUGGCCUCGCUGUCGCUCAGCUUGAUCGAGCUUGUCGGUGCGAGCCUGCCAUGUACAAGGUUUCCGUCCACUUGGUGUUUCCGGCCGGUCGACCACCCGCUCUAAGUGCGAAGAGUCGUGUUCAAGGCGAUUGCGCCGCCUCUGAUCUUCAAUGGCGACAAGCCGAGACCGAGAGACAAAAGAGGAGUAUGACAUAUCCGAUCAAUGUCGCCCGGAACGUGGCGAGGACGGCGGCGAACACGUCCCGCGUGUUGGUAUCGGACAUUGAGCUGCUGCCGAGCGCGCGACUAGCUUCCGGUUUCAUGGACAUGGUACGUCGGAGGCCGCCCAAGGUCGGCGUGAUCUUCGUCGUGCCCGUCUUCGAGAUAGAGUCCAACGAACCGCCGCCGGCGACGAAGCGCGAGCUCCUCGCUGCUUGUCGAGCCGGUCUAGCGGUAUAUUUUCAUAGGUUCCUCUGUCCGCACUGCCAGCGAUUUCCCGGAUUGACCAGGUGGAUGAUCAGGCCGGAUCCGGGCAGAGUCCGACCGUUGAUCAUCACCAAAAGGGAAUAUCCUCAUCAUAGGUGGGAGCCGGUUUUCAUCGGUACGCGCGAGGAUCCGCUUUACACGGAAGAGAUGUCCUGGGAAGGAAAACAGGAUAAGAUGGCUCAGAUGUUCGAGAUGUGUCUGCUGAAUUAUCGGCUAGUUGUGCUCGACGGUGCCUUUUUAGUGCAUACUCCGGGAAUUAAGCGGAAAACGCACAAGCUCAUCUCGGCCACGCAGGAGUUUUUCCGGCCGCACGAGAGGCGAAACGCCAGGAUCUAUCAACGCGUGACGAAACAUUUAAUCAAGCAAUAUCCGAUUAAUCGUAGAUGCGCUCAAUGA